AUGUCGCAAAAAAUUCGUCGAGAACAUGAAGAUGAUGAUAGAAAUAAUGAUCGUCACAGAAAUCAAUCUGAUCAUGCCCAUAGUUCUUCUUCAACAACAUCGAAACGAAUUCGUCGAGAUGAAGAACACGUUGAAAAAGAAUUAAUUAGUGAAUUUUCAUCAAAUUCAGUUGAUGAGUUAAAUACAAAAGAAAAAAUUCAAGGUUCAACACAAUUGGAUAAUUUCUAUGCAUCGUUUUUACCAUCAAGUCAAUAUUAUGAAAGAUCUUAUAUGCAUAGGGAUGUUGUUACACAUAUCAUUGUAACAGUAACUGAUUUUUUAAUAAGUGGUUCACAAGAUGGUCAUAUUAAAUUUUGGAAAAUAUUAACAUCUGAUUAUAUUAAACAACAACAAACAGCAGCAGCAGCAAUACAAUCAUCAAAAAUAAAUGAGGAUCAACAAGAAGAAGCCAACACUAUAUCUUCUCUUCCAAUUCAGUUUGUUAAACAUUUUCGUGCUCAUUUAGGUCCAAUAUUAACGAUGUGUGCAAAUGUAUCCGGAACAUUAUUAUGUUCAACAUGUUCUGAUCGAACGUUAAAAAUGUUUGAUGUAUUAUCAUUUGAUAUGAUAACAAUGGUUAAAUUAGAUUUUAUUCCAUUAACUUGUUCAUUUGUUGAUUCAUCACGACAAGCUUUGUCAAGAUUAGCUGUUUCUGAUAGUCAAUCAUCUAAAAUCUAUAUUUAUGAUGGUCGAACAUUAAAUAUAAAAGAACCGAUAUCAAUAUUAUCAAAUCUCGGUCAUGCUUCAUCAAUAUCAAUAAUCUCAUAUUGUGAUAAAUAUGAUAUAGCUAUAUCAUGCGAUCAAUCAUCAAUUAUUAAUUAUUGGUCACCAACUAAUAUUGAGAGUUUACCAAAUGAAAUUUUAUUUAAUUCAAAAUUAGAUACAGAUUUAUUUGAAUUAGUUAAAAGAAAAUUAAUUCCAUUAGCAUUAGAAUUUAGUCCCAAUGGUCAAUUAUUUGCUCUGAUGGGUAAAUCAUCAACGGAAAGAAAAUUAUUUCUUUUCAAUACAGUAAAAGGAAAAAUAAUUAAAAUAUUUGAUGAACAUCUUGAUGUUUACAAACAAUUACAUGAACGUUUACAAAUAAAACAACAAGAAAAUGAAGAAAAAAAAUCAAAUAUGAAUAUAUUAAAUAAUGUUGAAUAUUCAAGACGGUUAACAAUUGAAAAAGAUUUAGAAAAAAACUCUUCUAUUUAUUCAUUAAUCAAUCUUCAAUUUGAUUCAUCAGGAACUUAUCUUUUUUAUUCAACUUUAUAUGGAAUUAAAAUGUUAAAUUUACGUAAUAAUUCUAUUCGACAUUUUUUUGGUACAACUGAAAAUGCACGAUUUAUACGUUUAGCACUUUAUCAAUAUAAUAAAUCAUCAAAUAAUCAAAUAAAUUCAACUAUUCUUUUUACAACUGCUUAUAAAAAAAAUAGAUUUUACUUAUUUACAAAAAAUAAUCCACAAGACAAUCGAAGUGAACAUGAGAAUGAUCGGGAUGUUUAUAAUGAAAAGCCAACUCGUGAAGAAAUUUUAACGGCAACAGAAGAACAAGCUUUAUCAUCAUUAUCUCAAUCAGCAAUAAUUCAUACAACAUGUGGUGAUAUUCACGUUCGUUUAUUUCCAGAAUAUGUUCAAAAAACUUGUGAAAAUUUUAUUCAACAUUCAAAACAAUCUUAUUAUAAUGGUUGUAUAUUUCAUCGUGUAAUUAAACAAUUUAUGAUUCAAACAGGUGAUCCAUUGGGUAAUGGAACAGGUGGUCAAUCAAUAUGGGGAAAAGAUUUUCAAGAUGAAUUUCAUCCACAAUUAAAACAUGAUCGUCCAUAUACACUUUCAAUGGCAAAUGCAGGACCAAAUACAAAUGGUUCACAAUUUUUUAUAACUGUUGUUCCAUCUCCAUGGCUUGAUAAUAAACAUACUAUUUUUGGAAGAGUUUCAAAAGGAAUGGACGUUGUAGAAAAGAUCUCUCAAGCUAAAACAGAUCGACUUGAUAAGCCUUUAGAUGAUAUUAAAAUAAUAUCAAUAUCUAUUAAAUAA